GCUGAAGCUAUGCAGAAUUUGCAUAUAGCAGACUAACGCUCACAAGCCUUGUGCACCCGCAGGAGGAAAGAAUCCAGCAAUGAACAGGACUCUUCCCAAAAUAAGAUGAAGAAAUCUGAAGGACCAGAGCUCAGUGUGUUGGCCAACACAAAUGAGUCAGAAAACUUCCUCCGUCUUAUGAGCCCUGAAGUCACAGUAAGUCGGAUAUUUCAUGCUAAUCCACAUCAUAAUAACAUGAUACCAACCUGCUGCAGAAGCCCAUAUACAAGUGGACAAGAGAACCAGGAGUUUAGGAGACAGUCGGCUCAUGCUGAGCUGAUGCAGCUCAGAGAACCAGAAGCUGGAGGUGCCACUUCUGCCGGGAUGAAUUUCCAACAUCAACCUCCUGCGAGCUUCUCUCUGGAUCCUUCAGAAAGCAUGCAAAGUGGAACGAGAGGAGAGUGCCGUUGCUGGGCCUGUGGACCUAAAGAUGUUGGAACAAAAGAACCUGCAAGCAGAGACACAACCAGAAAACACAACAAUCUUUUAACAUUCAGUGGGGAGGAUGAAUUCAAUUGUCAGAGUGAUGCAGAGGAGGAACUGGAGCCUCCUUUACCGCUGAGAGCUGACAAUGAGUGGCAACCGUGGAAUCCCUUUUUAAUUCCUCACCGCUACAUGCACAACCACGAUCUCCAUCACGUCGUGGAUGUGAGGAAUUACAACCUGGCAGCAGAAGGCGAGUGCUUCAACUACAACUCUGUCAACAGACACUUUCCUGAGCCGAGUCACCGUUCUCCUCCCGGCCUCCACAGGAGAGCACAGAAUGAGCCACAAAACUGGCUCCAGCAUCAUGACAGCUUCAUGUGUGACAGCGUCACAGUAAACGUGCCUCAGUUCUCCGACCCCCCAGUUGAAGGAGUUUCUCAGGUCAGUGUGAUGAACCUGAACUCAGCAGGAGCAGAAGAAUCAGCCUCACGUCCACAGGAGAAAAGAAGAACCAUCAGUCUGCCAGAUCAGUGCCGUAACAUUUUUAUAACUUACUCCUCGGACGUGUCCUCAGAGAUGGUCCCCUUUGUGGACUUCCUCACCAAGCAAGGCUUUCGACCUGCUAUGGACUUAUUUGACAGUCCCAUCAGACGCAUGGACAUAAACCACUGGAAGGACAGUUACCUGAAAGAUCCGGCAACUCUGAUUAUCAUCGCCAUCAGUCCUAAGUAUAAGACAGACAUUGAAGGAUCUGUGGUGGACAACCAUGGUCUGCACGCUAAAUAUGUUCACUCAAUGAUGCAGACUGAAUACAUCCAGCAAGGCAGCUUGAAUUUCAGAUUCAUACCGGUUCUUUUCCUCGGUGCGUCUCAGACACAUGUGCCGUGUUGGCUCCAGAACACGCGUGUUUACCGCUGGCCAAAGGACACUGAGGAUUUGUUGCUGCGACUGCUGAGGGUGGAGAGAUACAUUCCUCCUCCUGUUCCGGUGGAGCUCACACUCAUCAUCAGGCCUGUCAACUCCAGUGCUGCUGCUACACUGUAAAGACACACCAGUGUUUGAUGUCUGAACACUUUUUAUCAACUUGUUCAUCUCAGAAUUUAUCCUAUGUAAGCCAAUAAUAGCUUUUGUUGUAUUUUAUCUAAUGUACAGUUGCUUUUUGCAGAUGUUUCAAUAAAGUCUUUUCUCCGUGUGUCUUUACACAACAUAGAAA